GCAGACACGCCUCACAAUCUUCUGAUGCAUGAUGUUCAAGUGUGGAGAUAUACGUUUCUUACGCGCCGCCGUGAGUUGAGAAGUCUGAGACGCCACACCGCCACAAACGACGAAAUGCAGGAGCCUCCUCUCUUGAACCGCAAUCUUUCUCAUCUGAAUCUCGAACUCGCUGAAGAAGCCUUUCGCUCAAACCGAGGCUAGUUGAUCAAGAAAGUCAAGAGUCACCACGAGUUAAGCACAGUGGAAGGCUUAAACUAAGUUGAAAUUUGAUUCUUUGUCGGACCGUUGUUUAAACGCAAACUUCUACUGAAUCGUCUUCAACGGAGCUUAAAAAUCCAACAAAACUUUCCCUUCAUUCUUCGAGAAGCUUUAUUUUAACACCUCUAAUGGAUUUUUGAAAUAUAAAGCCUCAAAUUAAAGGGCCUUCCUUACGGACCAUACUCAACAUGUGUUAUUUUCUUCCGAUGUAAAAUAAAAAGAACAGAGUCUCCAGUUUCUGCCGGCAACGGGAUAAAGUCGUCGAGAAUGGAUGAUUUGUCAGCUUACUACACUCACUACAGUCUCCCCUCGAUUAUUCCUCCUCCGCUGCCGCCGGGAGUAGCUCCGAUUCCAGUUACUCCAAUCCAUCCCGUCUACUUACCCACGCAGUCCUCAAUCGGAGAUGUUCGAACGCUUUUCGUCGCCGGACUUCCGGAAGACGUCAAGCCUCGGGAGAUCUACAAUCUAUUCCGUGAGUUCCCAGGAUACGAAACUUCGCAUCUCCGAAUCUCUGAUGGAUCCAAGCCCUUCGCGUUUGCUGUGUUCUCAGAUCUCCAAUCAGCUGUAGCGGUGAUGCAUGCCCUCAAUGGAAUGGUGUUUGAUCUCGAGAAGCAUUCUACUCUUUACAUUGAUCUUGCUAAAUCAAACCCUAAAUCUAAGCGUUCAAGAACAGAUGAUGGCAGGGAGAGCUUGAAAAAGACCAAGCCCUGGAGCAACACUGCCGAGUCCGCAGGUUUUGGCAGCUUUCACACUCCUGGAAUGAGUAGUUCUGCUCACAACACUAUUGGUUUUGCACCUGCACACAGUCAAGGAGUUGCUAAUGUUGCUGGGAGGGCAAUGAGUACCCCAAAAUCUAAUAAUGCUGCAGAACCUUGCCCAACACUUUUUAUAGCAAACUUGGGACCAAAUUGUACUGAAUCUGAGUUAGUCCAAGUUUUUUCGAGAUGCCGUGGAUUCUUGAAGCUGAAGAUUCAAGGCACGUAUGGGACUCAUGUUGCAUUCGUUGAUUUCCAGGAUGUCAGCUGCUCAAGUGAAGCACUACAUGCUCUUCAAGGAACAGUGCUUUACUCAUCCCUCACUGGUGUGGGAUUGAGGCUACAUACCAGAUAUGCGAGAUCACGGAUGGGAAUGCGCAAGAAGAUUAGUUAAUGUCUAAAAUUGGUGAAAGAUUAAAUAGAAUGUCAUGCCAAAACAGCAUAGAUACUCAACUUUGCUAUAUGCACGUACUGCUUACAGUUCUCAGAUGUAUUAUUUAUCAGAAAUGUAAGGAUCACAUUGGAGAUAAACUUUUAUGCAAAAAUACAUAGAGAUGGUGAGAUUUAUAUA